UUGGUUAUCCUUUAAAUGGACAUGUGGGAUGUUCCCACUUCCCAGGCAGACCCCGCUGUGAGGCUGCAGGUGUGUCUGGAGACGCUGGGCGUGGAGGAAGAGACGCUGGAGGGAGUUCCGGCUCACCUGCGCCUCCCAGUGGCUGUGACCCGCUACUGGCUGAGGAGGGCCAGCCCUGAGCCGACGCUCCUCAAAGCUCUGCUGAUGGUCAUGGUCCAAGGAGAACUGAACCGACGAACAGGAGGGACAACAGGCUGGCAGGGGGUCACCAGCCACAACCCUCAGCCUCUGGAUGGUGUCGUGGCUCAUAGCCUCAACCAAUGGCAGAGCUGCCUGAAGGACGCCUCCCAGCUCAACCGGCUGCUCUGCAAGCCCCUCCCCAAACCCCACUUCUCCUGGUGAGACACCAAG